AUGGCGAAGGACCUGGAAGAAAGUCAAUGUAAGCAACUUACAUUGCUAAGAAAACGGUUCCACUUUGGUGGGUCUUUUGUGAACAUUGAUGGACUGAUCAUUUAUGUUGGGGGAGAGAAUGCUAUGAGUUACAUUGACUCGGACAAGAUUUCGCUUCCUGAGAUCAAGGGUCACCUAGAAGAUCACUUCAAAAUUGACAAUGUAGCACGCAUGCAUUGGCUGAAACCAGGGAGGGAGCUGUCCAAUGGGCCACUGCUACUUGUUGAUGAUGGUUCAUGUAAACUCAUGGCAGAUCAAACAACAGAUGGCGAAAUUGAAGACAUUUAUGUUGAGGAAUUAGCAGCUCAGGAAAUUAAGGUUGACCAAGUGUUUGAUGACAAGGCAGAGGAGAUUGGUGGUGCUGAGGAAGAAUGGAUCUAUAUUUCUCCUCAGAGAAAUUGCAGAAUGAGAAUGAAGAAGAAGGUGGCAAUGAGGAAGAAGAUUGUGACACUGCUGAAGAACAAGGGGGGUGGCAAUGAGGAAGAAGAUUGUGACAGUGCUGAUGAACAGGGUGGCAAUCAUGGUUCAGAUGACACUUCAGAUGAAGAGUACAAGCAACCUACAGAUGAGGACAGUUCUGCAGAGGAUGAAGAAGUAAUAGAAUUGAGGAGGUUUGCCAAGGAAAUUAAGAGGAACAUCAAAGCUAAGAAGUUUGGUCUGCAUGGAAGUCCAAUAUGUGAUUCAAGUGAUGAGUACUCAUAUGAGGAAAACAGUGAAGGAGAAACAAAGAGGUGGAAGAGUCAGCAGAACAGGUAUGACAGCAAAGCACCAAUUCAUGUUUUUGCUCUUGGGAUGGCGUUCAGGUGCAGCAGGCAGUAUAAGAAAGCCCUGAUCAAGUAUGGACUCAAGACACAUAGGCAUCUCAAUUUCAUCAAGGAUGAGAAGACUAGGGUCAGAGCUAUUUGUACUUGGACUAGUUGCAAUUGGCUCAUAUAUGGAUCAAAGACUAGCAGAUCAGAGUGGUUCAAGGUUGUCAGAUUUGAUGAUGUCCACACCUGCCCACCUAGGAGGGAUAACAAACUGGUGACUUCCACAAGGAUAGCCAAGCACUACUACAAUCAGAUAAGGGAUAACCCAACUUGGAAGGUGGACCUCAUAAAGCAAGCUGUGCUGAAAGACUUCCUUGAUGAUGUGUCCUUAUCCAAGUGCAAGAGGGCCAAGUCUUUAGUACUUAAUGCUGCUUUGGAUUCUAUGAAGGGAGAAUACACAAGGGCCUAUGACUACAAAGCUGAGUUGCUGAGGAGCAACCCAGGUUCAACAGUUGUAGUAUGCCUUAAUGCAGAAUUUGAAGAAAGGAAAGUAUGA